AUGAAGUUGCCAGCAGUGCUAGUGCUGCACAUAUUGCUACUAAGAGCUAAGCUCUCCCUGGGCUGGGCUUUAUAUGUGUUCACUGCAAAGAUAACGAGCUUUGAGUCUUUGGUUGGCAUCGAGCAACAUUUAAUUGAUUUUCGUAAUAUUAGCAUUGUGGGCGAAGAUCAUGCGCUGAAUGGCACGGUUCGCAUACUGGAGGACAUGGAUCCGAGGCAGUUUCAAAUGUCCAUCGACUUUCAGCACGAUCCCAGGCUCAGUGAUCAGUGGCGUGUGAUGAUCCUGUCUGUGCCGAUUAGGGAUGUCUGCACGGCAAUGCGUCUAUUUGUGGGCACCUACGCCAAGACGACGCUGCAACUGGGCGAAAACACGAAUCUUCCCUUUACGGGCACCGAAUGUCCUUUGCCCCGGGGCGUUUACUAUGUGAGAAAUCUGCUGAUUAAUACAGACACCUGGCCGGACUUGAUGCCCUUCGGCGGCUUUCGGCUCAAUAUGCGUUUCUAUAAGUUCGGCAGCUUUGUGGGCGGCUUUCGACUAACUCUGCACGUGGAGCGUAAGCCUUUGUAA